CAAAUUCAGUUGAAAUUCCGUUGUGUAGGCAUCAUGAGGUCGUUUCUCUGGCUAUUUAUCCCGAUCCAGGUGGCUUGGGCCACCAAGUGGUACAGUGGCGGAAUGGACUUCAACAGUCCCUCCUCGUGGGUGGAUGAUUACAUGCCUUGUGCUGAAGAUUUGAUUGUUUUUCCGGAGCAUUAUCCUGCAGUGCUGCCUCUGCCAGAGGAUAUCUCCGUAGAUGGUGUGGUUUUUCCCAAAGAUGGGGCCAUACUGUUGGCCGAGGAGUCCACAAUAACCUUCGGUUCUAAAGAAACGAAAUCCAACUGUGAAAGUGAGGAAAAGAAAGCCUAUUUGAAGCCACCAAAGACCAGCAAAUGGUAUGAUCCUGCCACCUGGACGAUUAAAUCCAAAGAAGUAGCCUUGUAUGUGCCGGAGCUGGAGAGGAUCCCCUGUGACAAUGAGCAGGUUAUAAUCAAGGGUCAUGGUCCCCUGGCCUUUGAUCUGGAGAACGUGCAGCAUCUUCGUUUAGGACAACUAAUCCUGGCUGGAUCUUCCAUAUCAAAGUACUAUUUGGAGCAACUUCUCACCCAAGAUAUCGGACGGUUUUUGUUCCACAACUCGCAGGAUGUCCAGGUGGAAUACUAUCGGGGUGAAUUGUGUGGCUGUCACAAGAACUUCCAGCGCUUGGUGGAACCGGUGUGUCACAAUGUCGAGGAAAAGUGUGAAAUUCCCCACUGUCAUUCCCCGAUCCUUCCCUACGGAUCCUGCUGCCUCAUUUGUGGGGCCAAGUUCACCAUACACAAGGAUCACUGCAUCGAAGCGGAUAAAAAGAGCCUGGAGACUAAAAUAAAUAAGCUAAUCAGGGAACACGAUAUGGAGGACCAUCUGGAGGCCCAUGUGUCCUUUGUGAGUGACCAGGGAUUUUCGAAUGCCCUACAAGCCGUGAUUACAGAUCGAAAUGGUUAUACUGAGAAUAGAUUUGAGUUCCUGCAUAGUCUCAUAUCAGCAACUAAGGAGAAGGUAUCCUUACAAGUAUCUGGAAGUCAUUACAAUCCCAAUGUGAGCUUUACUUCGGUUGUGAUGAUUCUGUUCUGCUUGGUCCUGGUUGGAUUCGUCUCUGUGGUUAUUUUGGCUCACUUUAUGCCCGAGAAUCCCUACUUGAAUCGCGUUCCCCAGUGGAUCCACGAUCUCCGUCGCUGGCGGUGGCAUCACUUGGGCGUUAGAAUACGCCGGAAUCUGCUUUUCAAUAGAUUCGAUAAUGCUGGAGCUGGAGCGACGGAGGGAGGAUCCGUAUCUGGCCUGGACCGUCUGGGCAUUAUGGCCUAUGAUCCCGAGAGUGGGGAGGUUCGAGAACGGCGGGCUUUCGAUAAUCCCAUGUUCGAACAGGGAGCUGCUGUCGAAGAGGCGGCUGCAUUGGAUGCCAAGGAGCAGGACGAGAACCUAGUGGUGCCCAAAAUGGAGACGGGUGACUUAGACGCACCUAGUCAACAGGAUGAGCAGGAGCUAACUGAAAUCAAUUUGGGUGCUGGGGGAGAAGGAAGCGACCUUGAGGUGGAAACUAUUGAAUGAGUGAUCUAAAGACAAAGUA